CUGCGGCCGGUCAACCAUGUGCGAGCUGGAGUGAUCUUUAUUCACUAUGUCUUUGCAAAGGCUCCUGCAGCAGAGCAGCAAUGGCAACCCGGUGGACUACUGUGCUGGUCCAGCCUAUAGCACUUACCCCCCCUCCCGGCCUUACAUGGAUGAUAAUAGAAGGAUUCAAAUGCUGGCAGACACGGUGGCCACUUUGCCCCGGGGAAGAAAGCAGCUUGCUUUGACGAGAUCAAGUUCUUUAGGUGACUUUUCCUGGUCUCAAAGAAAGCUCAUUACCGUGGAAAAGCAAGAUAAUGGGACAUUUGGAUUUCAAAUUCAGACUUACAGGCUCCAGAACCAGAACAUGUGCUCCCUAGAGAUGUGCACUCUGAUUUGCAAAAUCCAGGAGGACAGCCCAGCACACCAUGCUGGCCUGCAAACUGGUGAUGUCCUUGCAAACAUCAAUGGUGUGAACACAGAAGGCUUUACCCACAAACAAGUUGUUGACCUGAUCAGAUCUUCAGGAAACCUGUUAACGAUAGAGACUGUUAAUGGAACAAUGAUUCUCAAAAGAGCAGAGCUUGAAGCAAAACUGCAAGUUUUAAAGCAAACCUUGAAGAAAAAAUGGGUGGAGUUCAGAUCUCUGCAGUUACAGGAACAGCGUCUGCUUCAUGGUAACACAGGUAACUGCCCAAGUUUGGAAAACAUGGACAUAGAUGAGUCAGUUUUGUUUGGAACCCUGCCUGGGCCAGGCCCAGCCCUCCUGGACCGGAAUCGAUUAUCGAGUGAGAGCAGCUGCCUGAGCUCCAUGACCGUGGACAGCGAGGAUGGCUACCAGACGUGUGUGUCUGAGGACUCAAGCAGAGGAGGCUUCAGUCGACAGACAAGCACAGAUGAUGAGUGCUUUGUCCCCAAGGAUGGAGAUGAUUUUCUGAAGAGGUCUUCUUCGAGAAGGAACCGAAGUGUUAGUACUGCCAGCAGCGGGUCCAUGUCCCCCUUGUGGGAGGGCAACUUCUCAAACAUGUUCGGGACCCUGCCCCGGAAGAACAGAAGGGGAAGUGUCCGGAAACAACUCUUAAAAUUCAUCCCUGGCCUUCAUCGUGCAGUGGAAGAGGAAGAGAGUCGGUUUUGAUGGGUUGUCCUGACCUUUCAUAUUACCUUAUUUCGCAAAUAUCUCUAGACUUGUGUAGAUUAUUCCACCCAGCCUGGUGGGAAAUUGCAGAUGGGUUGCAAAACUGAAACCCCAUAUCAUGACAAUAGUGACCUUUAUUUAAAUUUUUGUAUCCUAAUUUGUGCUUCUUAAAUCAUUUUUUAGCCAGCAAAGCUCAGGUUAUAAACAGAAAGUAGGGAAACUAAGUAAUAAGUUGGAUAAUAUAACAAAUUAAUGCACAUUCCUGCUCAUUCUAAUGCUGCCUGUGAAGGCAAGGGUGAUAUUUAUUUUCUAGAUUAUGUGAAAAAUUGAGAACUUUCCAGAGUCAAGUGUAAAUAAAAGAGUGUUGGAAUAUAAUUAUUUGGGAUACCUUCCAUAGGUUAAUUGGUAGGUCAAAAAACUUUGCUUAAGAUCAGUAGCCUCCAGGGAGGCUUGAUAAUAGGUCAUUUUGAAUGUUUUUGUUUAAACCUGUAAAAGAUUAUAAACAAAGAUGAUCAUCAGCUAUUUUUCACAUCCAUAGCAACAAUAAAGCAGGAAGUAUAAGAUACAAUAAUAUGAGGGUUUGAGAUCCAUGGAACAUGUUGUCUAAGAUGAGUGCUGAGCAAGAUUAUGAUAAAGUUUCCUUUUUUAUAGACAGCCUCAACAAAAUGAGUGAGAAUGUCAUUCUCACUAACUCAGUUUUUGUUUCGCCUGAACAUUGAUGGCAAGUGUAGAAUUCUCAAGAUCCUUCAUACAGCUUUAUAAUUUUUUUGAGCAAAUAUCUUAAUAUUGAAAAAUUAGAGCCAGGAAAAGGAUCUUCCUCCUAUAGAUUUUUUCACAUUACUCCUCACUUUAUGUUGUAUAUUCCAAACAAUUAUUGCCUCAACCCUCUCUUGCCUAUUGGUUACAUAUUGGUAUCAUAUUACUUCUAACUUUUCAAUCACAUUUUUAUUUAGUACCCAUUCCAGUCCAUGAUUUCUCUGUUUUGGUGAUACAGCUGCUAAUGACCUGUGUUCUAGAGUAGAUAAUCCAGACAAUUAAAUAAAUAGUCCUCAUUGAGUUAAAGCUUUGUGGUGUGUGUGUGUGUGUGUGUGUGUGUUUGGGAGGAAUAGAGAUAUUUGGUAGGUGACUUUGAAUGUAACCACACUUAGAUAAAUUGAGUAAAGAAUGAGUCAUUUUGAGAAAAAAAGGGGAGAGAAGGAAGCUUGUAGGGUAAGAAAUGAAUAUUAAAAUAAAGUAUAAAAAGAUUUCUAAUUGGAACCUGCUUUCUAUUAAUUAUUUGAACUCCGAAUUAUCCAGUGGGCUCUGCUUAGGAACCAUUCAUAUGAAAACAGUGUGCUGCGUUUCUCAGGAACAGUAACAAUGCUGUCUACCAUUUACUGUAUAUCUGGCAGGUUAAAGAUGUUUUUCAUGUGAUUCCCUGAAACAACCCUGAUAGAUGUUAUCCAUACAGAUAAAGAGCAGGAAUUCAGAGAAGUGCCCAUGACCAGUGGCAGGCCUGAGACUGGAAGCUAGUUCUUUAUGGCUCUGGCCUAUUCUCAGUCUUUCUAGAUAUUGUUUUCACUCUUGUGCUGAUUGUGUGUGGUCAUCACCACAGGACCCCCACCCCCACCCCACCCCUGUCCCGCCCCUCAUGGAAUACUUAAAACAGAAAAUUGUAGAUACUACAUGGAUAAAAAUUAUCUUUGGUAAAUGAGAGAACAAACACAUUUGUUUUUCUCUUGGCCUCCACAACAAGUUUUCAAAUAUAGGCACAUUGAUAACUGCAUGGUUAACAAUACAUUUAUUUUCAACAAGAGCUUGCACACCAGCUGUGAUCGGAUGAACACUGCUAAUUUCCCAUUGUAGACUAGAAUUAUUGUGUUAACGGUCUGCUUACAUGAAUGCAACAUAUAAUCCUAUUUUGCCAAAUCCAGGGGAAAGAAAUAAUCAAAUUUAUUUGAGGAAAGGUGACUUUAAUUCUUCUACAAUAUGAUCGGUGUUUUGAGAACUUCUGUAAGUCACCUGGGAAAGCAGAUUAUAGGUCAUUUGCUUAUCUCAUGGCUUUAAGUGUUAAGUAUAGUGUAAUUCUUCUUCCGUACAGUAAAUAUCAAAUCCAAAAAGGUGCAGGAAAGGGACAGAACAAGUUUCACCGUAGUCUGAGGUAAGAAUUAGACUCAAGAGUUUGAGAUGUUCUGGAAAAAGAGAAAAGCAUUUCUUCAUUUCUUAACCAAAGUACAGGAAGGAAGGGUAUGUCAUGUUUUGUGUGUUCACAAACUAUAAGAAAACUAGCUAUUGUUUAGUGGAAAUGCGGGUAAAUUUCUCACAGCACGGCUUUUCAGACUAUCUGACCUCAGUGGGGCUUUAGAAGAUUUCAUUUCUGUAAUCUGGUGUGCAAUGACUCUGAUGUAACUUACUGGGAAAAGAAUUGAAAAGUGAAGUGUUUUGUUUUUUGUUUAUCCUGAAAUGAUCAAAUAAUGUGAUAUUGGUGGAUUUCAUUAAUUGACAAUUGGUUAUGAAAAUGCAUUUUUGUAGUAUGGCAUUGAUAAACCAAACUCCAAUCAAGCUUAUUGAGAAUUACUCUGUUCUGUGGCUAAAGGAACACCACACCACUCAAUAUAUCAAAGUGGUCGGUACUCUAUUUUUUGAAACUUUUGUCACUUUCUACUUUGCAAUACUUUUAUAUCUUAAAUGCAUGUACAAACAGUAUUAAAAAAUCCUAGUUUGAACUAAAGAAAUCAAACUUGGGUACAAUUCAUGUGUAUUGAUCAUAUAGUCUUAAGUAUUUAUGGAUGUAUAUAAUCUACGUAUAGUGAAUAAUACAUGACAACUAUAUUGAACCCCUUAGAUCAAAAGAUUAUUGUACUUUAUAUAUCCAUUUCCUUAUAGAAAUAUAGCAAUAA